AUGCCUAACCAGAACAAACCCAUAUUCCAGGCCUUACGAAAAGAAAUCGAUACUGAACGCUAUGGAAUUGGAUUAACUAAAUUUAUACAGGUUCAUACAGACAUGGGGCUUCUGCGCACACGCCAGCAAGGCCAUACCGUGGAGUCCAUUCGUGAUGCCAUGCUCGAACUUCGUGAAAUGAGUGUCAUAAAGUCUUAUUUCGCCAUCUAUGAAGCUGACCUUGUUCGCCAACGAAAGGCCCGCCGCCUGCAAAGGAGGCGCUUUUGGGCUGCCGGAGUAAAUGACAUAGUCGCAGUGGACCAGCAUGACAAAUGGCUGCAGCUCAUUCUGAGCUACUAUCUAGAUACUAUCGAGAACCUUGAUAUGCCCUUGGUUACACAGAGUGACCCUGGGACCGAAAAUUUUGGGAUUGCCAAUGGCCACACCAUGUUGCAUCAAUGGUACGAUCCUUCGCUACAGGGCACAUUACAGCAUCGCUGGAUGCGAACCAAGAAAAAUGUCAUGCCAGAGAUCGCGUGGUCGCAACUACGAACGUGUGAUCGCAACAAGGUACUGCCGCAUGGAAUCCCAGAACUUAUCUAUCGGUCCGCUGAAGACUUUGGUGCCCUUGACUUCAAGAUCAAGAUAGAGAAGGCCGCUGUGGAUCAUGUGCGAGCGACGUACAUCAAACCUGGACACCCUGUGUUCGAUCUCGUGCCCAGUGACCUUGGAGACACUCUCCAGAUGUGCUAUGAACGUUUGGGACGUCUUGUCGUCAAUCGCAAAUCAGCUUGGACAGUGUAUCUAGGACUGCUUCAUAUAUUUUCUACCCUCAUUGAAACACGACCCCAGAUGCCGCUCCCUGACAACAGUGGUAGUUGUAGGCCGUCUCUGAAAUCUCAGGGUCUAUAUCACCAAGACGAGUUAGGGAGUCGAGUUGAGUCACGAUGA